UUUUUUUUUUUUUUUUUUAUUUUUCAUUUCCUAAAAAAAUUCAUUUGUAAUAUAUUAAACAAUGCACAUUACUCGUUGUUAUUUUUGUUCUGGACCCUGUUAUCCUGGUCAUGGUACUAUGUUUGUCCGUAAUGACAGCAAGACUUUCCGUUUCUGUAGAUCUAAAUGUCAUAAAAAUUUCAAGAUGAAACGUAAUCCUCGUAAGGUCCGCUGGACAAAGGCAUUCAGAAAAGCGUCUGGAAAAGAAAUGGUUAUUGAUUCUACAUUCGAAUUUGAAAAACGUCGCAAUGUUCCUGUAAGAUAUGAUCGUAACUUGAUGGCAACAACACUUAAAGCCAUGAAACGUGUACAAGAAAUUCGUGCUAGACGUGAAAGAGCCUUCUAUAAGAAUCGUAUGGCUGGUAAUAAAGAGUUACAGAAGGAAGACGAUAUUCGUGUUGUCAAUCAAAAUAUCGAAUUGGCACCCCUCGAAGCCAAAAAGAGAGUUCAAGCUAUCAAAGCCGAGAAAGCCAAGAUGGAAAACAUGGACAUGGAAAAUUAAAAUACCAAAGCAAACAUUAUAUAAGAGCGAAACUUAUUCUUUUUAUUGUAAAUAAAUAAAUAUUCUUUAGACAUAUUUAGGCCUAUUAUUAAUAAUAUUA